AUGGCUGCGGACAGCCCCUUGGCCAAGUUGACCCGUGUCACACCCAGUGGCGCCCCCGUGGUGAUAACCCUCACUGCCACCCAAAACCCUGCACUCCUGGGCCGCGGCAACGACACAGAGUUUUUUUUUUUUUUUCCUUUCUCUCUCUCUCUCUCUCUCUCUCUUGAGCUCUUGAGCUCUCUCUCUCUCUCUCUCUUUCUCUUUCUCUUUCUCUCUCUCUCUCUCUCUUUCUCUUUCUCUCUCUCUCUCUCUCUCUCUCUCUCUCUCUCUCUCUCUCUCUCUCCCACUCCUGAGCUCUCGAGGUUGACCCUGCGGCGGUGUUCGCGCCAGCAGGCCAGAUUUGAGGUUCAUCUCGAGCCCCCUUCCCUGCGUGUCACAACAGUGGGCCAUCGCCCCUGUGGCUUUUGCCGUGCCAUCAGUACAGCGACCGGGGAUCGCGCCCUGCAUGCCUUACCUCAAGGUCACACCAUCGAGCUUCACUCGGGUGAUAUCUUUUAUUUUCUUUACGAAGAUCCAGACGUGACGGCAUUUGCCGUUCAUCUGCCAACGCAACACAACUCAGAACCUGCCUUCAUCACCCCCGAUGGUAGCACACUUGACUCCUCCCAGCCCCAGAAGCAGGACCCAAGCCUGAGCCCUGAGCUACACCCUAGCUUGAUUACCAGUGCCCAGCGCAUCCCCUCAACCCCCGAAGCACACGACCCCACCAGCGACGACUCCGCCUCAGCUAGAGGCAAACCCCACCACGCCAUGGACAACCUAGCCUCCCCUGACCUCCACCUACCCUUGCCCGACCCUCAAGUGCCAAUGACUCUGGACGAUAGCACCGACCCGGCGCGCCCGACACCCACAAAGUCAUUUCUGUCACAGCUCAUGCAGAGUGAUGCCCGUCGACCCAGCCCUGCCAAAUCCCAAACGCAAGACACCAUUAUCUCAUUCUACCCAAAACAGAACUUCGCGAUCUCGGCGUGCUUGCUGCGUCGCAAGCGCACAUCAUUAAGCUGCGCCGCCGACAAGAAAAGCGGCAAAAAGGAGCGGGCGCGCGACUCUCUUUUCGAAUGGGCUUUCAUGCCGUGCCUUCGAUGCACUUACUGUGCUGACCCCUCACCUCCCACAUGCGCUGUCUACCACUGCCAUGACAACAGCCAAGUCCACCUUCACCUCAUCUCCAAUGACUUCGAGGCUGAGGGUUUGAAAAACAAAAAGCAUUGGAACUCGUUCACCACAGACUUUUUCGUGUCUCCCCAAGACGUGUACAACCGCCUCAAUGAGCGUGGCCACAUCCAAUUUGACCGUGCACAUUACGAGGCUCUUCUGAAGAGCCCAUUGCGUUGUCACCUCUGCCCUUACACUCCCAGGACCAUGCCCGACCUCAAACAACAUCUCCUUUCCCAUCAAAGCACGACCUGA